CCCGUAUAUCGCCGGGUCAGUCUCCCCACCGAAGUUCUGUCCUAAUUUACGCGGCCAGCUGAGCGAUCAGAGAGACCAUAAACACGCCGAACGACAAACGAGAGAAUGAACUUUGACAACAAGGCGGCCGUUCAGGCCUAUCUGAAGGCAACACUCGAUGAUCUCAACUCCUCUGUCUCCUCACUCUAUCACAACAAGAUGCAGCCUUUCCGUCAAACCAUCGAGCAGCUGCACGAGCUUCUGGAGGGCGACAGAAUGAAUUUGAAACGAUGCUCGAGAGUGUUGAAAGAUUUACAGCGAGCUGGAGACAGCCAUUUGUUAGCUGACGCUCAGUUUGCUGAGAAUUUGGAGCGUAUUGGAUCAUCAGCACUCUUGACUGAGCCACGCGUAGGCACCGCAUUUCUCAAGUUUUCUAUCAUCGUCAAGGAGUUGUCGUCUGUGACAAAGAAUAAGAUGCAGGCCAUGUCAAAUAUGUUGCUGUUUCCACUAACCGCCAUGUUGAAGAACGACUUUCGUCAGAUUGAUCAGGACUUGAAGAGAAACUUUGACAAGGCCUGGCGUGAACAUGAUUCUGCAAGACUGAGAUUGGAGAAGGAAAAGAGAAAGACUGCAGAGACUUUUGGAGCUCUGAGAGCAGAUACUACACCUAAUGACUACGCGAAUGAGCUACAGAGAGAACGGAGAUUGUUUCAGUUGGGAAUGUGUGAAUAUUUAAUCAAAGCAAAUGAAGUCCGCACCAAGAAAGGAGUUGAUUACAUGCAACAUCUACUCGAUUAUUACCACUCACACUGCAGGUUAUUUGAGGAUGGUCUCAAAGUGCUUCAUGAUUUGAGAAACUGGGCUGACGCUCUCACUAACGAUCUCCAUGAGCUGAGGGUAAAACAGGAAGAAGAAAAACACGAACUCGUAGAUCUCAGGAAGCAACUACGAAACCAAGUAGCAGCAGACAAAGAGAAUCCAGCUGUUGGAGGAUACAGCUUGCAUAUUCCAAGUGGAGAGGAAUCAUUUGGAAUGGAGAAGACGGGCUACUUGCUGAAACGGAGUGAAGGGAUCCGAAGAGUAUUUCAGAAGAGAUACUGUCAAGUCAAGGACGGUCAUUUUAUAAUGGCUCACUCACCUACGGCACAACCGACAGCAACGUUGACGCUUCUUACAUGCAAUGUGAAGGAAGCGUCCGACACAGAUGGCAAAAAGAACUGUUUUCAUCUCAUUACUCCUGCUGGUAACAGGACGUACGUAUUUUCAGCCGACAGUCCAGCAGACAGAGAAUCCUGGUUAUCAGUAAUAAGAAACUCUCACAAGCGAUUACUAGAGGACAAGUUUGAUCAGUUUUCACAAGCAGACACUCAACCAGCCGUGAAAACGAUGAAACAGCUUGUCCAGGGCAUUAUUGACAAAGUGAAGACAUUGCCAGGCAAUGACACUUGCUGUGACUGUGGAGCUCCAGCACCAACAUGGUUGUCAUACAAUCUCGGUGUGUUGACUUGUAUUGAGUGUUCUGGCAUUCAUCGAGAUCUCGGUGUACAGUACGCUCGUGUGGCCUCUAUCACAUUAGAUAAGCUCAGUACAGCAAAACUUACGGUUGCUCGUGCUGUCGGCAACCAAGCUUUUAACGACAUCAUGGAAGCUAAUUUGACUGUUGACAAGCCAGGCCCGGAUGCUGACAUGGCCACACGAAAGGAUUAUAUCAAAGCAAAGUAUGUCGAUCAUCAGUUUGUUAGUAGUAGCUUGGAUCAAAGCACAUUGAAGGACUUGGUAAAUGCUGUUGCAUCAAAAGAUAUCUUCGCACUAUUGCAAGCUUUCGGCGAAGGAGUUGAUCUCUCCAGCGUCGUUCCCAACUCUCGAACAGGCGAUACAAUACUACAAUAUGCCGUCACACAGGAGGACGAGACAUCACUACACAUGGUGGAUUUCAUCAUAUGGAAUAUAUUGGAUCGAACUUGUGUGAAUAAGAAGAAUUUGAAUGGCGAGACUGCAUUGCACAUUGCAGCAAAACGUCACAAAGUGCAGUGCAUUAAGUUGCUGUUGAGAGGAGGAGCAGACGUAGAAGUUGUGAAUAAUGAUGGGAAGACGGCCGUAGACUUGGCCAAAGAUUAUGAAUGCAUAGAGGCUGUUGAAUUGUUGAAUGAAGCAGCUAACAAGAAGUUUGAUCGUUGUGAGAACAUUCGCAUUGACUGGGGCCUUGAAGUGGACAAAGAAGAUGAAGAGAAAAUCUAUGACGAACCACCACAAGACGACACAAAAUGUUUGUCACCAAUGAAGCAAUUGCGAGAACGACCGGCAUCUGUUGCAACGAUGGUUGCUGUUGGCAAACCUCCUGUUCGAAGCAGUUCACUUCGUGAUUACAAUAACGCAUCACCGUAUGCACAACGACGAGGAACAAACGUAAUGGGACUUCAACCCAAAAAGCACGCAUCAGAGAACGACCUUCUAAAAGAGACAGCAGUGAGCAUAGAAGUUCCCACCAAGAAGAGAACACCUGCACCAAAUGUUCCAGCCCCAUACAUGCCAACAUCAUCGUCCCAAAUGGAAAUAAAGAAGACACAUCGUCGAAUGGUAUCAGAGCCUAUUGCACGACUCGAUUCUACACCUCAUCGUCGCUUAGUAUCAGGAAAUGUUUCAAGUGCACCCGUUGUGAUGCGGAAUUUGGACGUGAGUGGAAAUAUGAAGCGGAAUGUUUCAUAUACGAAGGCUUUGAAGAAUGAAAAAGACAGCGUGGACAGUGGGGGAGGAGGCAGUAAACAAAUGGCUGGAGCUCAUUUGAGUAGUGAAGGUGUGCAAAGAACUGUGGCGUGCGGGCCUCCACCGCUGCCAACGAAAUUGAGGGAGAAGAAAACGGUCAAUGGCUGCUUAUCGAAUGCUGAGACUCUGCCAACUGCUGCUGCAGUAAGUAGGCCAGUGCAAUCAUCUCAGGGGUCUCAAGGAGGUGAACACCCAGACAUGAAACAAAAGCCGCCAAUUCUAAAGAAAAAGCCGAAGAGAGCAAAAGCUCAGUUUGACUGUUCAGCAGAUCAUGCCGAUGAGCUAUCUUUUAUAGAAGGUGAAGUAGUUUUAGUUGUCCAAGAACUUGAUGAAGAUUGGUGGUUUGGACACAUUGAAGGUGAUGAACAAAGGGCAGGUGUAUUUCCUCGUAUAUAUGUUGACGAAAUCGACUGAUAACUGCACAUUGACGUGUCAUGUGACAUUGAGUUACUCUGGCCCAGUAUUUUGAUGGGUUUUAACUAACGAACAAUUUUUCGUGUAUUAUAAGGGUCCAGAGAUAUCUCGUAUAUUUUUUGUUGAUCACACCACUUAUUAAUUAAACACCUGUAAAAAAAUUAACGCAGCUGCUAUUCUA